AUGAGCACAAGCGCGGACACGGGGCAGAAAGGUGGCCCUUCUCCGGAUGACGAGUACCAGGGCCAAAUAAGUAGCAUUCAGCAGAUCUUCGCUGAGUACGACCACAACGGUUCUGGCAAGGUCCGAGUCGAGAGAGUUCCGGAUUUGAUCGUGAAUCUGGGACGAGACCUCCAAGUCGGCAGAGAGGUUGCCCGGCAACUGAGCGGUAGCGGUGCAGUGGAGCUCACCACCUUCGAGGAAGUCGUUCAGACCUUGAAGAGAGUGGAGGAGAGCCAGGACCGGGAACCAGACAGUGAGACCACCACACCACUCACUUUGCUGAAAAGGCUCAACGCCUACCGGAAACAGUGUGAGUCGAAUGGGGAGUGCGCCAGGGGGGGCCAUGUAAAGGCGAUUUUCCGGCGGUGCAAGGUGCAAGAUAUUUGGGACAUUGCCUGGCUGUUUGCAGGAGAUCUCCAACAGCAGGUCGAAGCGGGGGAACAGCCCUCGGGUGUUGUUGCGUCCAAAGAUGAUGCGGUUGAACAUGCAGAGCACAAUCAAGAGUUGUGCUCGAUUUGUCUAGAAGGACUAGACGAUUGCUGCUUCAGCUACCCGUGUGGCCAGGGGCACAGGCUGCACUACCACUGCAUGCUCCACUUCCUGGGCAGCAUCCUGGCCAUUCCUCUGUCGGACGAGACCCCUGGGCCAUUGCGAAAGGAGCAAGUCCGUGAGAUGGGCACAGGAUUCAAAGCUGUCGCCUUGCUGGAAGCAGCGAUGCAGAACCUUCAUGUCGAGACGCGGCGACGCUUGUGCUGUCCGCUCUGCAGAUGCUCAUGGCCAGAUGAAGCUGAAGUUUCUCUGGAGCAAACCAUGGCCUCCCUGCGUCAAUGUCGCAUAAAAAUGCUUGCAAAGAACGUUGGACGUCUUGAGAAGGCCUUUAAUUCCGUGCAGGCGAGCUAUGACCAGAGGGUAGAGAUUGGGCAGGCUGAUCAGAGACCAGCUGCCCAGGUCCUCGACAACAACCUGCACACCGCUGAGAGCUACCUGAGCCAUCGCGACACGGCGUGCAGCACGGUUCUGCGAAUCUUUGAGUUCCUGGAUGCGAGACAUGUCACGUCGGUGUCAGCCUGCUGCACAGCAGCGGCACGGCAUUGCUGGGUGGAGUGCAAGCUCCGAGCUCCCCAUGUGAAAGCAGCAACGGCUACACACCACAUCUGGCCACAGACGACCAGGUCGCUGCUGAUCGAUCCAUCGCUGCGAACGGCCGUUCAGAAAGGGACUUCAGGCUUAGAUGUUGUGUCCUUCUCGAAGUGGCUAGCAUGUGCUGCUGGCCUCCUGGAAGUGAACAUUCAUGCUGCGGGCUGGGAGAAGCUGGACCCCGGGGCGGGCUAUCUGUCGAAGAGCCUUCCCAUCCAACAUCUCCAGAUCCUGGACCUGUCUCAUAAUGGGCUGACUGACCUGGGUGCUCAGAACUUAGCAGCUGCGCUGACGAAGAAGCGCCCUGUACGUUUGGAAGUGCUGACGCUGGAGCUGAACUGCAUCACGGAGGCCGGCUUUGAUUCACUGCUCAGCCUGGGCAAGGACGUUGGCAAUC